AUGUCGCUCGUUAACGAGGUCAACGUUGACCACCCCGUCAGUAGGGACUCGAAGAACCCCCGCAACGAAGCCCUCCCACUUGGUGAGCCUGCCGGUCUGCUUGGUCAAGGCAGUCCAGGUGUUCGUCGUAUCGAAAUUAUUACAUCGCACUUCCGAUUGUGGGAUCGCGUCUUCCUCUUUAUUGCUAUUUUCUUGAUCGCCUAUGUGUACGGCUUGGAUGGAACUGUUCGCUACACGUACCAGCCCUAUGCUACCUCGAGUUAUGGCCAACACAGUCUUCUUGCGACCAUUAAUGUUCUCCGAGCCGUAAUCGCUGCUGCUGCACAGCCUACCGCGGCAAAGGUUGCAGAUGUAUUCGGUAGAGUGGAACUUAUCCUCGUCUCGAUAGUCUUUUAUACUGUCGGUACUAUCGUGGAAUCAUGCGCAAAGACUUUGGAGGGUUUCGCUGCGGGAGCUGUUAUCUACCAGAUUGGAUACACCAGUAUUAUGCUCUUGGUCGAAGUCCUGAUUGCCGAUGUGACUUCUAGCCGAUCUCGUCUUCUUUUCUCCUACAUCCCGGCCUUGCCGUUUAUUAUAAAUACCUGGAUCAACAGCAACUUGACUGAUGCCGUUCUCAAGGCCACCACGUGGCAAUGGGGCAUUGGCAUGUUUGCUAUCAUCUAUCCCGUGUGUGCCCUUCCUCUUAUUGCAGUCCUCUUUAUCGUCCAACGACGCGCGAAAAAGUCCGGGGCGCUUGAAUCGUACAAGAGCUCCCUCCAGCUGUUGGGAAGAAGGCAACUGGUUAUAGAACUGUUCUGGCAUCUGGACAUCGUUGGCAACAUUCUGUUGAUUGCCAUGUUGGCAUGUAUUCUUGUUCCAUUCACCCUCGCUGGAGGCGUAACUACACAGUGGAAAACAGCAAAAGUAAUUGCGCCACUUGUCAUCGGCAUUUUGCUGAUCCCGGUCUGGAUUGUCUGGGAGAGAACCUGUCAAUACCCGAUGCUGCCAUUCAAGCUUCUCAAAGACCGUGCUGUUUGGGGUGCCCUGGGAAUCCCUAUCAUGCUCAACACUGCGUGGUACCUGCAAGGAGAUUUCCUAUACACAGUGCUCUACGUGAGCUUCGACGAAUCAAUCAUCAGUGCGGGUCGGAUCACAAAUCUUUACAGUUUUGUUUCCGUUAUUACGGGCGUUAUUCUCGGCUUCAUCGUCAUGAAGGUUCGCCAAUUGAAGCCCUUCAUCGUGGCCGGAACCCUCCUCUUCAUGGUUGCGUUCGGACUCCUCAUCUAUUUCCGAGGUGGCGCUGCGGACUCCAGUCAUUCUGGUGUCAUUGGUGCGCAAAUUCUGCUAGGUAUUGCUGGUGGAAUGUUCCCCUACCCAGCUCAAGCCAGCAUCCAGGUUGCGUCUAAGCACGAACAUGUCGCUGUUAUAACCGGUCUUUACCUCGCCGCCUACAACAUCGGUAGCGCACUAGGAAACACAAUCUCCGGCGCGAUCUGGAACCAAGUCUUGCCUUCUGAAUUAAAUUAUAGACUCGGCAAUGAAACCCUCGCUGCGGAGGUCUACGCCCAGCCCCUUGCGUUUGCAGCGGUCAAUCCAGUGGGCACGCCCGACCGAGACAACGUCAUUCUCGCCUAUCAGAAGACGCAGCGGCUGUUGUGCAUCACGGGUAUCUGCUUGACAGUCCCUUUGAUUGCUUUUGCCCUUAUUAUACGCAACCCGACGCUCACUAAGGAGCAGAGUCUUGCUAAAGCGGAGGAGGAGAGCAGUGAUUCUGAUUUCCCUCCUCGUUGA